AUGAAUAUAUGCAUUGUGUACAUCAGGGGAUAUAAGCCAACCUUACUGGACCUUGUUUUCUGUUCUUUAGGACUGAAACACCGCCGAGAAGUGGCAGGAAAGAGUGCCAUCUUCACUGGGGAGCAGUUUGUCCUUGAGGAGACAGACUGGUACCUGCUCAACCUUUUUCGGCUCUGGUGGCACUAUGGCAUGAGCUUUCUACGUCUACAAAUGUGGGUAGAGGAAGUAAUGGAGAAGUUCAUGAGAAUCUACAAGUAUCAGGCCCACGGCUAUGCAUUCUCUCAUCUUGAGGAGCUCUUGCGUUCACUGGGGGGUGACACCUUUGUCAACAUGACACAACGCUCUGUGGUGGAGUCUCUGCUGGAGGCGGGUGUCACACAACGCUUCAUUGAUGAUGUCAUCAUGGCCAUUCUCCGGGCCAACUAUGGCCAAUCAAUACUGGUGCCUGCGUUUGCAGGGGCCAUGUUGCUAGCAGGAGCACAAGGCAACCGAUGGGCAGUCGAAGGCGGCAACAAGCUGGUGUGCUCAGGCUUGCUGAAGCUAACCAAAGCCAACAUAAUCCAUGCCAGGGUGACAGCUAUCUCUCUGCACAGUUCAGAAGGAAAACCCCUCUACCAAGUGCACUAUGAAAAUGAAGACGGUCCAGGUUCCAACUUCUAUGACAUAGUGGUCAUUGCCACUCAACUACAUGACAGCAAGAACAAUAUUACCUUUCAGAAUUUUGAUCCUCCUAUUGCUGAGUUUCCUGGAACUUUUCACACCACAGUCACCUCCAUUGUUCACGGCUACCUCAACUCCUCAUACUUUGGCUUCUCAGACCCCAAGCUUUUCCCUUUUGCCAGUGUCCUCACCACAGAAGCUCCUGGCCUCUUCUUCAAUUCCAUGGAUAACAUUUGCCCCGUCAACUUAUCUAAUACCUUCAAGCGGAAGCAGCCCCAGGAAGCUGCUGUGUGGCGUGUCCACUCUCAGCAUCCUUUGGAGAAGCAAGAAUUGAAGAUGCUGUUCCGUUCUUAUUACUCUGUUCAGGUGACAGAAUGGCAGGUCUGUCCUAAUUACGGAUCAGUCAAGAGCCUCCCACCAAUUAUCCUACAUGACAGCCUCUUCUACCUCAACACCAUGGAGUGGGUAGCCAGCUCCAUGGAGAUGUCUGCUGUGGCAGCCAAAAAUGUGGCUCUCUUAGCCUACAAUCGGUGGAAUCGUGAAGUAGAUAAAAUAGACCAGAAAGACUUAAUGCACAAAAUGAAGACUGAGCUGUGAACUUAGGGAGCACUGCGAGACAAGACUUUAUUGCAUGCAGAGCCAAGUGGAUAUUUGAGGCUACUACUGUAAGUGCCAUUUCUUGACCUGCUGUGUUCCAAUUAUAUUGGAUUGCAGCAUUUGGAAUUCCCAAUCAGUGUAGUAAGAACUGCUGAGAUUUGCAGUCCCACCCAUCCCCAAUUCUUCUAAGUUAAGGAAUAAAUUGUACUGCAAAUUUAACAGAAGCAAAGCAGACCACUGGCAAAUCUGUGUAUUUAUAUGUUCAUCUGUGUUAUCUGUGUCAUGGCAAUCUCUUUAGCAUAGCAUCACUCUUUCAGAGAGUCUGUGGAUUUAUGCCACUUCUAGUUGUUCAAGAUUCUUCUGUAAUCGUGGAAGAGGAUUGAAACCGAAUAGUGUCAUUUGACUUUUACUUUACCUGCUGAAUCAUAUUCAUACAGUCCAAUUGUGUAUAUCACCCAACAGGCAACAACUUUGGAUUCAAACUUCCUUCUUGUGUCUGCAGCCUUCCCAAAUAAUUUAUAUUGGACUGGACCUUGUACUUCAUCUCCUAAGCUAAAGGAAAUUGUAUUUUUAGGAUUGUAUGAGUUCUUGGUUUUCCUGGCAUCCCAACACUGUAUUCCCUUGUGUUUAUUACAAAGCCCCAUGGUGGUGAAGCAAAAGACUUUGUGUUGGAACAUUUACUGUGAGAAAAGCUAAACAGCUUAACGAAUCAUGUAACUUUUUAUCCACUAUCCUGAUAAACAUACGUGCACAAUUAAGGCUGAUCUGCCAGCUAUCCCAUGGGCCUUUUCCCUGGGAAUAGAUUAAGCAUGCUGCCCGCCAGCAUUUGGUUUUUUUUAAAAAAAAGAUUUCUUUGAUUCCCAAGUUGAACUAACGCUCUGGAAUUUUCCUGAGUAGAUUCCACAAUACUCUAGCCAUUUGAUCAGGCCGAUUCUGUAAAUCUUGGAAAAAAGGACUGGAUUUGGGGCUUGAAUAAAAUAGCCCCAUAAAACAGCUGUGUAGGAUAAAGGAUAACUUGUUUUUGCUAAUUCCAGAUGCAAUCAAACAGCGAGGUUCCCUAUCUUUCUUUAUAGAAAUGGAAGAAAAUGCUUAAUUUCAAUUGUUAGCUUAUGUACAGUGUGGAUAUUGAUAAUGUUUUCUUUAAUGAACUUUGUUAAAUCAAUGACCUGUUUGCAGAUCCAGGUGAGCAACACACUUUAUGACCAAGCAGCUAAAUAGAUGUAGGCCCAGCUACUCUGUAAUGAGAUGUAUUUCACUGUGCCUUGAGUCAUAGCCUUUAGCUGGCGGGGAAGAACUGAGAAAAUGAAAAUAAAGUUAUCAGCUUGUUUCUUUUGAAGUUGUGACGUUCUGGCACAUAGACAAAAAUUUUAGAUCGAGGAUAGCAAACUGUUUGCAGCUGGUUGGCAGAUCUGGAAUGUUGGCAUAUUGUGAGUAUUCUCACAAAAUGUUUGCCACAGUCGAUGUGGCUGGACUCAAAAUAUUCCAUGGUCAGGGUGAACUGAGAAACUAUUCCCUGUCAUUCAGUUGACCUCACUUUACUAGAUCAACUUAACACUUAUCCUAUACCUGAGUAGAUGGAUGGACUUCUAAACAAAGCACUAGGCUGCAGUGUUCAUAUGUAAUGUUUAGAAAGACUUCAGGAGAUUCUUGUAAUUAAUGCCUCUGGGGCCCCCAUAAGAUGGAGGCAGAUGAAGUUGGAAGUAUGCCCAUAUUUUCACUUAACAAAAAUAAUUAAAAAGAAAGGUGCAGCAGGGGCUUGGCAGGUACAAAAGCCAGUUGCUUACAGUUAUAUCAGUAUUUCUUGGCAUCUCACUGGGUAACUCCCUUUAUUUUAUUCUGUUGCUUCAUCGCCGUAACGGCACUGCAUUCCAUCCAUGAAAAAUUGUUUCUGGGGAAACAGCUCACCUAGGAUUCAAAUGGGAAUCUUUCUUAGACUUAACGUACCAGGGGUGGAUUCCGGCCAGCACUACUGCUGGUUCACUCGUGUGCUUUGUGCUUGUGUGCGUGCACAGUGCAAUUAAAAUUGUUCUGUGCAUGUGCAGAACUUAAAAACAAAAUGGUAGCACCUAUGGUGCCAGCUGGGAAACCAGUUCGGGGCCAUGGCAGGCCUGGGUCGCUGCUGGUUCCAGCAACCUAGGCUGCCAAACCACUACCGGUUCAGCUGAACCGGUAGGAACCCACCACUUACAUACAGAACCCAAGGAUUGGACUCUGGCUCCUCUUCCUGUGGAGCAAACCAUCUUGAAUAAGGCAAGCUUCCUUUCUACAGAACAGGCAGCACUGAUGUGUUUUUUUGUCUGCAUUAUAGCAGUUCUUCAGCUUAUCCCACAUCAGGAUGUUUCCCAGUUGUGCUAUUGGAGACACCACUACCACCCACACACUGCAGGGAUCGAAUCUGGGCCCUUCUGCAAAACGACUGCAUGCUCAGCCCCAGAACUGUGAUUCCCCUCCAUUGUGAAGGAUAGGGUAUUAAAUGAGGUUAUUAGAGAUACUUGGGUCCAUCACAAUGUGUGUGCAUAGUAGUAGGCAGGAUUCUCUUGCUGCCUUCUCAGUCUAACUCUUGGUAUGGAUAACAUCCUUAAUGUUCCUCUAGCUACUGAAUAGUAGCCUGUCAAACAAUCUUGAUUUAAAGAGCCUCUCCGAGGCUCACCUUUCCUCUGUUGCUCAACACUUAGACUCGUUCUCUGCUAUGACUUGAGAGGCAAUGGAGCACUCUAACCUUUCAACUGUUGAGUAGGUUCUCAUUGUGCUAACCCUAGUGGGCUUAGGCUUAUGUUUUUGUGGACCCAAUCAAGUAUGCUUUCGUAAUCAAGCAUAUGAACUCUACAAAGUGUGGACCCAGCUUGUUAGUUAUGCCAAAGUGUUUUAUAUUCAGUGUCCCAGUACUGUGUAAAAAGGAUGCUCUGAAAGGCGUUUUUUGAAUGUAUGAAGCCAACUUGGUGAUUUUGGGCCAGUCGCUCUCUCAGCCCUAGGAAUAAUGUAAUGGAAAACCCACUUAUGAAAAUCUUGCCAAGAAAAACUCCAUGGAAUUGUCCAGGUAGUUGCCAGGAAUUAAAAACUAACUUGAACACACACACGACAAUGACAUACUGCUCUAUAUAUUGAUUCAUCUCUAAAGGUUCGGUCCAAACUCAACUUUAUAAGCUAAAUUGUCACUAGUCUGAAGCCCUGAAAAUACAUUUUAACCAAUAAUCUGUCUUCUGUUUUUUCUCUAAAUUCCUAAGCAAACAAGGAUGCCAGAUAAGGGGGAAAAAUGGAAGUGGGAACUGUGGCUAUAGCAUCACAGCAAGUGUUAUUUAAGUGAGGGAAGUAGCUUGAACUGUUUAAACUGGACCUAAAGCAUUAAUGAGUAAUUUGCCUGUAUAUAUGUAUAUCGAUAUACAUACAUACAUACAGUAUAUAUUGCCAGCCUUCUUGAAGGUAAUGCAGAUAUGUCAGCUGAGCAAUAGCACUUAAACAUAUAUACUGGUUCACAGUGCUUUAUAGUCCUCUCUAAGCGGUUUACA